AUGGAGCAACAAGUGCCCCUCAACUACGAGGCCUCGGCCGGCGACACCAACAAGCAGGUCACCGACACUCUCCCUCAGGAGGUCGUCCAAUGCCUGGAGAAUGCCCGAUUCCUUCACCUUGCGACAUGCACAGACAACAUUCCCAACGUCUCCCUCAUGAACUAUACCUAUCUCCCGUCGUCCACCUACUCGACCGGCCCCGUUAUCGUCAUGACGACGAACCCGGCUUCAAGAAAGACGCAUAACCUUCUCUCGAACCCUAACGUCUCGCUGCUCGUUCACGACUGGUCUUCUCACCGCCCCCCAACUCACGGUCGACGUCCCUCCGGCGGCAGCCCCGGUCCCGAGCACCGCUCCAGCCUUGCCUCCCUGCUUCUCAACCUCAACACCGCCGCGGUGUCUAGCAUCAGCGCCACCAUCAACGGUACUGCGAGACUAGUCGACAACGGCUCCGACGAGGAGAAGUUCUACCGCGAGGCGCAUCUCGAGAACAACACCUUCGACGAGGGCCAGACAUUCAACCCCAGCGUGCAGGCUGAGGACGGCGGCAGGGGAUGCUUUGUUGCGGGAGAGGAGGUGAGAGUUAUUGUGGUCACCAUCAAGGAGAUGAGAAUCAGCGACUGGAAGGGUGCGGUACGGGAUUACGUCCUUACGGAGGGCGCUCCUGCCACCCAGGUCAACGGCGUAAGGUAG